UGGCGAGGAACUGCUCGUCAUGCGCGAAUCAGAUCUGCUCGGCGUCGUCGAGUAGCAACCGGCAUUCGCACUGCCUUCGAUUUGAAAGGGAAAAACGCUAUGCCCGCAAAACAGUUGCACUUUGGUGAAAAAGCCCGUGCCGACAUGCUCCGCGGCAUCAAUAAGAUGGCCAACACCGUAAAAGUGACCCUCGGCCCGCGCGGCCGCAACGUGGUUCUGGACAAGAAAUUCGGCUCGCCCUCCUCCACGAAGGACGGCGUGACCGUGGCUAAAGAGAUCGAGCUCGAAGAUCCGUUCGAGAACAUGGGCGCCCAGCUGGUGCGCGAGGUGGCCAGCAAGACGAGCGACGUGGCCGGCGACGGCACCACCACCGCCACCGUGCUGGCGCAAGCCAUCCUGCGCGAAGGCCUCAAGCAGGUGACCGCCGGGCACGGCCCCAUGGACAUCAAGCGCGGCAUCGAACACGGCGUGGAGGUCGUUGUCGAGGAGUUGCGCAAGCUCAGCCGCGACGUCAGGGACAAAACCGAAAUCGCCCAGGUCGGCACCAUCUCGGCCAACAACGACGCCGACAUCGGCAACCUGAUCGCCGAGGCCAUGGAGAAAGUCGGCAAGGACGGCGUCAUCACGGUGGAAGAGGGCAAGACCUCCGAGACCGACCUGGACGUGGUGGAAGGCAUGCAGUUCGACCGCGGCUACAUCUCGCCCUACUUCGCCACCAAUACCGAGCGCAUGGAAGCGGUGCUGGAGAACGCUUACAUCCUGCUGCACGAAAAGAAGCUCGGCAACAUGAAGGAACUGCUGCCGGUGCUGGAGCAGAUCGCCCGCGGCGGUAAGCCGUUGCUGAUUAUCGCAGAGGAUAUCGAGGGCGAGGCGCUGGCCACCCUGGUGGUCAACCGCCUGCGCGGCACCCUGCAAUGUGCUGCCGUGAAGGCCCCCGGCUUUGGCGACCGGCGCAAGGAAAUGCUGCGCGACAUAGCCGUCCUGACCGGCGGCAACGUCAUCUCCGAGGAUCUCGGCAUCAAGCUCGAAAACAUCACUCUGGAUGACCUCGGCGAGGCCAAGCGCAUUACCAUCGACAAGGAAAACACCACCCUGGUGGAAGGCGCCGGUUCGGCUUCCGACAUCGAAGGGCGGGUGAAUCAGAUUCGCAUGCAAGUUGAAGAAACGACGUCAGACUACGACCGCGAGAAGUUGCAGGAGCGGCUCGCCAAGCUGGUCGGCGGCGUGUAA